AUGCAUGACCUGAUAAACGACUUGGCCACAAGUGUUGCAAGAGAUUUUUUCUAUAGAUUGGAUGGUGAGAUGAAUGUAUCCAAAAGGAAUGAAAAUUUUGAGAAGUUUCGUCACUUUUCACUAAUAGGUCCGCAAUUUGGAUCAUAUGAAAAUUUUAAUGAAUUACAAAGAGCUAAACGCUUGCGAACGUUCUUACCAUUGCCAGGUGGUUGGUUAGACAGUGGCCAUGUUGAAUUACUUCACAAACUACAGUUCCUAAGGGUGCUAAGACUAAUUCGAAUCACAGAGGUGCCACAAUCGAUUGGUAGUCUCAAGCAUCUUCGCUUACCAGUAAGUUUUGGAAAGUUAAUAAACCUGCAACAUCUUGACAUCAGUGAUACUCCGAAAUUGAACAAGAUGCCCUUAGGUAUUGGUGGGUUGACAAGUCUACAAACUCUACCCAAGGUCACUGUUAAAGAAGCUAACGGGCUCAAAAUAUCCGAUCUUAAGGAAUUAUCGGAUCUUCAAGGUCGGCUUUCCAUUAUUGGGCUGGAGAAAGUGAUAGAUCCAAUACAAGCAAAGGAUGCCAAGUUAUAUCAAAAGAAGGGUCUUGAAGUUUUGGAGAUGGAAUGGAGUGAUAAUGUGUUUGAUGAUUCUCGGGAUGAGACGAUUGAAUAUGAAGUACUUGAAGAACUAAGGCCUCCUCCUAAGUUAAAAAUCCUCAAGAUUUUGAAUAACAUAGGAACAAGAUUUCCUAGUUGGGUCGGGGAUCCCACGUUUGAUCACUUAACAGAGCUUACAUUAUCUGGGUGUAGAAGUACACAUAUAAGAGUUGGACAUCUGAAGUCUCUUAAGAAAUUGGUUGUUGAAAGCAUGAAUGAGGUGAAGACUGUGGGUUUUGAAUUACUUGCACCUACCAAUUCAAAUCUUGGGAUUGCAUUUCCAUCACUUGAAGUUCUGAAGUUUUAUGAUAUGCAAGGUUGGCAGAGAUGGUCAAUUAAUAGUGGCAAUAAACAUGGAACUCCUAGUUCUUUUCCUCGUCUUCAUGAGAUCUCUUUAAUAAGUUGUCCACAACUAUCUCAAGUGUCAAUCGGAUUGAUACCUUCACUUCGGUUUUUACGUAUAGAAGAAUGUUCCGAAGCGGUGUUAAGAAACAUGGUUGGUUUGUCCUCGUCACUUGUGGAACUAAAAAUGGUGAAUGUUAUAGGAUUUACUCAACUACAUGGAGAAGAUUUAAUGUAUCUUGGGGAAGUUAAACAUCUAUUUAUUUAUAGAUGUGACGAAUUGAGAUACUUAUGGGAACGAGAAUCCGAAGCAUGCAGAAGUCUUGUGAGUUUACAGAUCUUGGAAGUACGAGAUUGUAAAAAGUUGGUUUCUGUUGCAGUAAAGAUCAAUUGUUUGUUUAAUUCUCAAGUAAAGCCACAAGUUUUACAAAUAAACGGCUUCAAAAUGUUAUUCCAUCAGCAAGCCUUAUUACAUAGAUUAUUUGCAUAUAUAUACAUAUACAGAGAUGGCAGUUAUAAGAAGUUACAAACUGCCAAACAUAAUAGUAACUAA